GCCGGAGCAGGACCCACCCCUCGGGAUGGCUCUGCCCGCUCUGACCGCAAAGAGAACGCCCUUCCCCGGCUGCGAGGUCCCGCCUCUCCCCCCCGCCUUCUUGUUCCUCCGCAUACGCAUACAAGAGCGAGUCAGGCCGGUGUUGAAGAUACCAAAGAAGUCAACAUAGAAGUGCAAUCUUUGGGAUGCCGGUGUGAACCGAGCAAUGACGCACAAGCUUGGAAAGCGUGGCAAAAUGUGGCAGGCCCACCGACGGCGGGGGCUUUUCACGAGCGACCCUCCAAACCGACCAUGUUUCGGAAGUUCUAUGAGCGCGGGGAGUUCCCCAUGGCGCUGGAGCACGACACCAAAGGCAACCGCAUCGCUUGGAAGGUGGAGAUCGACAAACUGGACUACCACCACUUCCUACCGCUGCUUUUUGACGGGUUAUGCGAGACGACCCACCCGUAUGAGUUCUUCGCUCGCCAGGGCAUCCAUGACCUGCUGGAGCACGGCGGACCUAAGAUCCAGCCAGUCGUCCCGCAGCUCAUCAUCCCUAUCAAAAACGCUCUAAACACGAGGAACCGCCAAGUGAUAUGCACCACCUUGAAAGUUCUGCAGCAUCUGGUGAUGUCCGGCGACACGGUGGGAGAAACUCUGGUGCCUUACUAUCGACAAAUCCUCCCCAUCCUCAACAUCUUCAAGAACAAGAACAUCAACUCCGGAGACGGCAUCGUCUACAGCCAGCAGAAGAGAGAGAACGUUGGUGACCUCAUUCAGGAGACCCUGGAGGUGUUGGAGCGUUACGGCGGAGAGGACGCCUUCAUCAACAUCAAGUAUAUGGUGCCCACCUAUGAGUCCUGCUUGAUUAAUUGAAGGUGAUCGAGAGGGUGGGGUGGGGGGUGGAGGAGGUCGUCGGGGCUGACGCUUUUUCACCAGCUCGGCUUGGUUUGAUGUAAUCUAGGUUUCCACUUCAAAGUAGGACUCACUGCUUGUAGGAUCGCCUAUUUAAUACAUUUUAUCCAAGAUGAGAUUGUGGACAGAACAAAACCAAAAGUGGAGACUGUGGAGUCUAAUGCUGAGGUACUGCAACAGGGUAAGUUGCAUUUUUGUCAUUUUUAAAAUGAUCUUCAAAGGUGCAAUUAUUGCUAGAAGAGGAGACUAAGGGUAUUGACAACAGAACACUGCAGCAAAAUAGAGACUAUGGAGUAUAAUCCUGCAUAAUUCAAACCAUUCACAUUUCCAAUUCGCAUUUUAACCUUGAUGGACAUGAAUGUACGAUUUUUAUAAUGUUGUGUAGCUAUGCAAUAACCGAAUGAAAGCCUUGUCCUGUCAGAAUAUCAAUGCAAAAUGUCUAUUAAAAAGUUUAUUUACAUUCA